AUGCGUUUCUCCAUUCCAUUUGCCACCAUCGUGACCUUGACCUUGACUCUUUUCGUUACCCGCUCGUCCGCCAUCUCCAUCCUCCUAGGCAACGACGAUGGCUUCGCAGCGGCCCAAGUGCGCGAGUUCUACCGCCUAUUGAAAGCCGACGGACAUCAAGUCGUCCUCGUCGCUCCGGCCGACAACGAAAGUGGCCAAGGCGGACGAUCCGUCUUCACCACGUCGAGGAACCUGACUGUCGCUUCGGAAUUCGGGCUCAUCCCCGCUGGUGCUCCUUCGCUUGGCCGCGAUCCCGCCGAUCCAGACGUGUGGUACUACAACGGCACGCCCGCCGCCUGUACCUACGUCGCUCUAGACUAUGUGCUGCCGACCUUCUACGACAACCGCACCGUCGACCUGUAUCUCGGAGGACCGAAUUUCGGGUUAAACGCCGGUCCUUUCUAUUAUACCCUGAGUGGCACUAUAGGUGGCACGUAUGCAGCUAUCGGACGGAAUCUUCCCGGAAUCGCCUUCUCAGGAGCCAACUCGGAACAACGCUCGUAUACUUGGAUCAACCAGACCACCGUGUCAGGAUAUCCUGAUCCAGCGACCAUCCAUGCUCAAUUGGCUGUGGACAUUGUCACCCAGUUGGUCGGUGCAUCGAAACCGGGCGAACGUCUGCUGCCGCUGGGCUAUGGGAUCAGUGUCAACGCCCCCUUCAUCACAUCUCUGACCAACGACUCCUGCAUCUCCCCAUCGUUCAUUCAGACCCGUAUCACCGGCGGCGCCGUCACAGAUAGAACGGUAUACAAUGCGACCACUGGGACAUUUGGAUUUGCUAACGAGCUCACCGCGGCCAUCAAUACCUGCAUCAACGGCGACUGCGCCCUGCCUGGCGAAACUGACGUCGUGGACUCCGGCUGCGCCGUUGCCGUCUCGGUCUUCUCGAUCGACUAUGAUGCCCCGCUGGGCCCGGCGCAGGCUGGAGUGAGACAAGCGCUGGCGCCGCUUGUGGGGUUCGAGAAAGCUGAGCGUGGAAAAGGCUCGAAAAGGAGCAUUAUGGUCAAAGCUCGCGAGGGGUUGAGUAGUAAGUGUGGCCCCGAACCUGAUCCUGGAUCCUUGUUUUUUGCUUCUGCUUCUGCUCCUGCUUCCGUUUCGCAGUUCGGAGCUCGAGCUUCGGAGGUGAUGCAGAGUGACUGCAAGUACUGUGCUAAUACGGACUUUUUCUUCAUGUAG